ACACGUAUUUUACACACACACAUAUAUAUUAACACAAAGCCAUGUAGAAAAAUCCAAAUGCCUCGCUAAAUUGAGAGAGAGAGAGAGAGAGAAAGAGAGAGAGAGAGAGAGAGGGGGAAAAUGGGGGAUUCAAGUGAUUCAGUGUCGGUAGAUAUGGAGGGAGUUUCUCUCGGCGGAAAGGAGCAUCUUAUUAAAACUUGUCACGGUUAUGUAUCCGUGGCAGUUAUUGGAGAUCAGGACAAGCCAGCUCUUGUUACUUAUCCUGAUUUAGCUUUAAAUUAUGUGUCCUGCUUUCAAGGAUUAUUCUUUUGUCCUGAGGCGUGUUCCUUGCUCCUUCAUAACUUUUGCAUAUAUCAUAUUAGUCCUCCUGGACAUGAGUUGGGAGCUGAAACAAUUAGCCCAAAUGAUCCUGUGCUUUCUGCUGAUGACUUGGUAGAUCAGAUUGCUGAUGUUCUCAACUAUUUUGGACUUGGAGCGGUGAUGUGCAUGGGUGUCACAGCUGGAGCUUACAUCCUCACCCUAUUUGCACUGAAGUACAGACAUCGCGUUCUGGGUUUGAUACUCAUUUCUCCUUUAUGCCAAGCACCCUCUUGGACAGAAUGGUUAUUAAAUAAGGUGAUGUCGAAUUUGCUUUACUUCUAUGGCAUGUGUGGAGUGGUAAAGGAGUUAUUGCUCAAGCGGUACUUCAGUAAGGAAGCUCGUGAUAAUGGUCAACUACCAGAGUCCGAUGUAGUUCAGGCAUGCAAAAGAUCACUUCUGGAGAGGCAGAGUUCAAAUGUUUGGCGGUUCCUUGAAGCAAUUAAUGGGAGACCCAACAUUGCAGAUGGAUUACGAAAACUGCAGUGUCGUUCGCUAAUUUUUGUCGGGGACAGCUCUCCUUUUCAUUCCGAAGCUCUCUAUAUGACCUCAAAACUAGAUAGACGGCAUAGUGCCUUGGUUGAGGUUCAGGCAUGUGGGUCAAUGGUGACAGAGGAGCAGCCUCAUGCCAUGUUGAUACCAUUGGAGUAUUUUCUCAUGGGGUAUGGCUUGUACAGACCAACUCAGUCAAAUGUCAGCCCACGAAGUCCGUUGAGUCCAUUGUGCAUUGCUCCGGAGCUUUUUUCGCCCGAAAGUAUGGGCUUGAAGCUGAAACCAAUAAAAACUCGGAUAUCUCUACAAGCCUGAAUAUAGGCUGCGACUUGUUUGGCAAAAAAUCACUUUUUGUAUAUCCCGAUUGGUUAAAGGAUGAUUAGGGGGAAAUUUAUUAGGGAGUUUGUAGAUAUGGAAAGAAAAGAGGAAACGACGAUACAAGGUGGGGGAAAAUUAGAAAAAAAGCAGAUAUUUGAAUUCUUUCAUUUAUAAAAAUAUAAAUGGUAGCUCAGGGGAGCUUUCUUUGUAAAUCCUUGGGAUUGUUGUACAACAAUGACAGAAGAAUAAUGGUCGUAAUGACAAAAGAAUGGACUGUGACUUGUGCACUCUUGUUUUGAAACGAUAAUAUCUUCUAGUUGGCUUCU